CUUCUGAGCACGACGCAUUUUUUCUUCUGAUUCAACAAAACAUUCCUUGUACUGGUGAAAGCAUUUCAUCUUUUCAUUGCUUGCAAGGCUUUGAAUAUACAUUGACUGGACUCGAUUAUCUGGAGCUGCAGCGAAAUAAUGUUUAACCGACGGGUUCGUGAGCCCUACCGCGUUGCCAUAACCAAUGAAUACACCUCGCGCUUUGCGAAUUCGUGGUUUCUCUCGCCUCUUCAACUGGCGAUCUGGCGUGGGCUCGUCGCAUUCUAUGCCUUCAUAGUCCUUUUCAUCAACUUGGGCCAUUCAGGCAAAGCGGCCGGCCAGUCGUUUAGCUAUUUUACUGUACUUGGCUAUUGGGGACUCGCAUUCUAUUACGCUGUAUCUUGCGCACAUUCGGCGAGUUUCUGGCUCUAUGGAGAGUCGUGGUUGCAAAGAUGGCCUAGAUCGCUGCAAUGGCUACAUUCUGUCUUCUACGCUACCAUCACGGUCUUUCCAUUCAUUGUGACAGCCGUGUUCUGGGGCGCGCUUGCAUACGGAGCUUUUUCUAAUGAGUGGACUGCUUGGUCCAACAUCUCCCAGCAUGCACUCAACUCUGUCAUGGCCUUUGUUGAGAUUGUUUUUCCACGCACGCUUCCGCAUCCUUGGUUCAACAUUGUACCUCUCGUCGUCUUGCUAGCUCUGUAUCUUGGUCUCGCCUACCUCACCCACUCGACGCAGAACUUCUACGUCUACCCUUUCCUCGAUCCCAAGAAUGGAAAGGGCUUGAUUGCUGGUGCUUGCAUCGGUAUUCUGGCUGCUGCCGUUGUCAUCUUUACCGUUGUCCAUUUCCUCAUCAAGCUGCGCGAAUGGAUUACGGAAACCAAACUUGGACUCUACGGAAACCUGAAGACUCGUAAUGGUAAACUGAUACCAAGUCAGACUCACGAGUCAGUCGAGAUGAGUGAUGUCAGACCCAAGGGCUCUGAAGCUUAGAGAUAGAGAUGCUCUCGAUUUUUGUUGUCAGUGUGUCGUUCAUAUACCCCCAAUCCCGACAUGUGUGUCAGGAUACAUGCGUCUUUUUAGAUGGUAGUGAUGGAAUCAGGCGGUCACGCAUUAUGAUUGGAUAAUGUUCCUCAUUGAUUACAAACUGUCUUGUGGCUUCGUCAACAGUACUUCUCGGCUCCCGAGAAUUGUGUGAUGGGCCUUGAUCAUGAUCGCGACUCCUUCUCCUGCACAACUAUUCAACCGUACUGACUUUGGUGUUGUUCUUGGAGGGAACAGCUUCUUCAUCAUAGUUUUGCAUGCCGUACGAAUUCUUCGAUGCUCUCUUUGCCAACUUACGUCUGCGAUGAAUGACGCUUGUAUAAAUGAAUGUACCCAGGAAGAAGAACAUUGCAAAGCCGG